AUGAACCAGCUGCCACCGCCACCGGAGAACCCCCUCUCAUAUGAGGAAUGCGACAGGAUCCUGCUCGACACGCCCACUUUUGCCACAGAGGAAGUAGUAAUCAAGGGCAUCACGCACCGUACUUGGAAGAAUGCCGAACCCAACUUCCGCGUCUUCAUGCUGGACAAGUUUGCCCAGUGGCGCGACCGCACUAUGAUCUCUGCGCCUGUACCCGAGCCCGCCGACUUCUAUGCCCGCGAGGUGUUGACCUAUGGCCAGGUGUUUGAUCAUGCUGUCCAGCUGGCCGGAUGGUUGAGGGAGCAAGGUGUUGGACUCGGCACCCGCGUUGGCAUCGGCGGCUUGAACUGCACGGCCUGGAUGGAGUCAUUUGUUGCUAUCCAUCUCCUCGGUGCCGUACCAGUGCUACUCAAUUCGACAAUGCAGCUCGACGCUCAUAUCCACUGCCUCGCCCUCACCAAGCCCAAACUCACGCUCGUCGACGUUGACCUGGCCAAGAUCCUUGGACCGGCAUCGGCGCAGCUCCUGGCUAAGAACAUUGGCCCAAUCUACUGCUGGUCAUCUGUCAGCCACACGUCGCCUGCCACUCGAGCUGGUGUUCAGGAAGUCGUCAGCCCCAAGCCAUCGGCGGCAUCUGUGCGUGCCGUCCUGACUGGCGAGGGACUCGGUAUCGACUCGCUCGGGCCAGACAGCGACGGGAUGAUAUUGUUCACGUCGGGAACGACCAGCAUGCCAAAGGGCGUGCUCAGUGACCAGCGUGCAGCACUUGUCCACUUUAUUUCAGGCCUCGCCAUGGGCGUGCGCAUGGCCCUGCGUGCUGGAGCACCGCUCGAGAUGGCCAUGGAUCUCACAAAGCCUCCCGAGGUCCAGAGCGUCAUGCUUCUCGCUGUGCCACUCUUCCACGUUACCGGUUGCCUCGGAUGGAUGAUGCGUGCAAUGGCAUUUGGCAUGCGCAUGGUAUUCAUGCGCCGCUGGAGCGUCAAGGACGCUAUUGACAUCAUCGUCAAGGAAAAGUGCACCGUCAUUGGCGGUGUUCCCUCCAUUGCGGUCGCGGUCCUCCAGUCACCUCUUCUCCCCGAGGACCACGUCAUUGAGAAUGUCACUUACGGUGGCGCUCCCCCUGCCCAGCGUCUUGGAGACGACAUUGUCAAGCGCUGGCCCAUGUCUAUGCCAACCCAUGCGUACGGCAUGACGGAGACGAAUGGUCUCCACACGGGCUUUACUGGCCCAGACUACCUCGCCAACCCCGAGGCCGUCGGACCCGCCGUCCCCAUCUGUUCCAUCCGCAUCGUCGACCAAGAGACAAAAGAGGUCUUGGGCCCCAACCAGAUCGGCAUCGUCCAAUGCAAGGGCCCUAAUAUCAUGAAGGAGUAUGUCGACAACCCCAAGGCCACCGCCGAGACCCUAACAGCGGACGGCUGGCUGGACACCGGCGACAUGGCCAUGAUCGGCGACAAUGGAUUCCUGUACAUUCGUGAUCGCGCAAAGGACGUCAUCAUCCGUGGUGGAGAGAACAUUGCCUCUGCAGAGGUCGAGAACGCCGUUGCCAUGGACGACCGCAUCGCCGAGGUGGCCGCCGUUGCCGUGCCCUGUGCCAGGCUGGGUGAGCGGGUGGGUAUUGCCGUCAGUCUCGCGCCCGGUGCCAGUGCUACCUCUCACGACAUUCUGAAAACGGUCGAGCCGAGGUUGCGACACCCGGCGCGCCCUGCCAUUGUCUUGGUGCUUGAUCUGUUGCCCCGCAACGCCAACGGCAAGAUUGUGAAGUCGGACGUUAAGAAGAUUGUGCAUGCCGAGUGGGCCAAGAUCGGUGGCGAGCACGAUGCCCCUGCCCCUCGAGCCAAACUCUAG